UUCCUUUUUCCCGACUAUUUUCUUCUCCAUCGUCUCGUCAAAUUCUCUCUGAAAACCUGCCCCCGAAUUUGCAGAGCUCGAAUUCACGCCACCUCUCUCAAAGCGAUAAACACAUUCUUGAGAGAGAAAAAGAGUAAGAGAGAUGGAGGUGGAGUUGGAGCCAAGGGUGAAACCACUGACUUAUAAGGUGAAGGCUACUUCCAGAGAGUCCCCCGCGCAGAAGGCCGCUCACGUGCUGGACACGGACCUCCGAAGCCAUUGGUCCACGGGAACAAACACCAAAGAGUGGAUCUUGCUCGAGCUCGACGAACCGUGUCUGCUUUCACACAUAAGGAUAUAUAAUAAAUCAGUGCUGGAAUGGGAAAUCUCAGCUGGAUUACGUUAUAAGCCAGAGACAUUUGUUAAAGUUCGUUCCCGUUGUGAGGCGCCUCGGCGUGACAUGAUGUACCAAAUGAAUUACACUCCUUGCCGCUAUGUGCGGAUAUCUUGUAUGCGUGGGAACCCAAUAGCUUUAUUUUUUAUACAGGUUGUCACACUAUCUGAUCGGGAUUCCAGUUCCAGGUUUAGAGCCAGAGUUUCAACCAGUUGCUAACCACUUGCUACCGCACAUAAUAUCACAAAAGCAAGAAGCUGAUGAUAUGCAUCUUCGGUUGCUUCAAGAUGUGACAAUCAGGUUGGCUACUUUUCUUCCUCACCUUGAGGGUGAUCUUACUAGCUUUUCAGAAGCUCCGGAACCUACUAUGCGUUUUCUGGCUAUGCUUGCUGGUCCAUUUUAUCCCAUCCUCAAGAUUGUUAGUGAAAGGGAAUCUGCACGGUUGGCUCUCAAUGCCUCAGAACAUGAAGCUUCUAAGACCAAUCUGUCAUCCACAAACUUGACGGUUUCCUCAAAUUUCGAGCCAAGGAGAUCACGGAAUUCAUCAUCUAUUUUCCCACCUAUUUCAAUGCACCUGGUAUACCGUCCUGAUGCAGUCUUUGUACUUCUUAGGAAGGCUUACAAAGAUUCUAACCUGGGGAAUGUGUGUAAAAUGGCAUCAAGAAUUCUUACGAAGCUUAUGGGGCCCAUGAGAAAUCAUGAAGUAUCUACUCAGGCUUCCGACAUUUUAUCUUCUGUGGCUGAUGAUAUGCCUAAAUCUGAUCCUUGUGAUCCUACUGUGUUAGCUGAUUAUUCAAACUUAUUUGGGGAGGAAUUUCGAAUACCAGAUGAUUCCUGGGAUCCUGCAUAUCUGAAUAUCUUAGAUACUGCAGCUGUGGAAGAAGGAAUAAUGCAUGUUUUAUAUGCUUCUGCAUCUCAGCCUUUGCACUGCAGCAAGCUGGCCGAGCACACUGAGGAGUUUUGGUUCGCAUUACCUUUAAUUCAAGCGUUGCUUCCAGCACUUCGUCCUAUUGUCAGUGGUCCCUACCAAUUUGAUGACAACUUCUUUCUUUGGAAUCAACCAUACAUACAAAAUGCACUUACUCAGAUUGCAGCCACUUCAUCAUCAGCAAUUUACUGCCCUCUGCUUCGUGCUUGCGCUGGCUAUUUAGCAUCUUUCUCACCCUCACAUGCUAAGGCGGCAUGUGUUCUUAUUGAUCUCUGCUCUGGUGUCUUAGCACCAUGGAUUUCUCAAGUAAUCGCAAAGGUUGACUUAACUGUGGAGCUCUUGGAGGAUCUUUUAGGUGUAAUCCAGGGAGCCCGCCUUUCAUUCUCCCGUGGAUGUGCUGCCCUAAAAUAUAUUGUUCUGGCUCUGUCUGGGAACAUGGAUGAUAUAGUGGGAAAAUAUAAGGAAGCUAAGCACCGAAUACUCUUCUUGCUGGAAUUGCUAGAACCUUUUCUGGGUCCGUCCUUAACCCCCUCAAGGGGCAUAAUACCCUUCGGAAAUGUAUCUUCUAUUUUCACUGAGAACCAGGAACACAGUUGUGCGUUAGCGCUGAAUGUUAUUCGCGCAGCCAUAAGAAAGCCUUUUGUGCUUCCAUCAUUGGAGGCUGAAUGGAGAAAGGGAUCAGUUGCUCCGAGUGUGCUUCUUCAAGUUUUGGAUGCUCAGUUGCAGCUACCUCCUGGUAUUGAUAAUUGCAAGUUCUCUUCUUCUGAGAAUGUGGAGCCACAAGCAUCAGCUGCGCUGUCUCAUUCCUCUCGUAAUGGAGUAGCCUCUUCUCGAUCAAAUAACCAAGAAAGUGUCGAUACAAAGGUCGAUGUUACUGACACUAAUGGCAAAGUGGAUAUUUCUGAAGAUGCCAGUCUUUUCUUUGCUCCACCUGAGCUGAACAGAAUGUCUCUUAUUCAUGUUCAUGACACAAAAAUAUCGGAGUUGAGCCAUUCGAAUGCUUCUCUGGAGAAAAAAAAUGAUAUUCAGACGAAACUAGUCGACCAGUUUCCCAAUGAUGUUGAUUUAGAAGCUGCUGGAGGAAUUCAAUUUUAUAAUAUGCUGGCUGAUUAUUCGCAACUUUUGAACUAUCGAGAUUGUGAGAUGAGAGCCUCCGAGUUCAGGCAUUUAGCUCAAGAUUUAAUCUCUAAGGAAGAGAUUGAAAAGGAGAGUCAUGAUGUUGCCAUUGAUGCUUUGCUUUUGGCAGCCGAGUGCUAUAUCAACCCCAACUUUAUGAUGUCUUUCAAGGACAUUUCAUCUGAAGUGAGCAAAAUUUACCUCACAUAUUUUAAUAAGAACAAUGGACCUGCAGAAAUCAGUAAAAUUUUCAGAAAAAAAGAUAAUGACUUGAAUCUCCUGGCUGAUAUUGAAAGGAAAAGAGAUAGAGUUGUUCUCGAGAUCCUAAUUGAAGCAGCCGAGUUAGAUAGAAAAAAUCACAAAGUGGCUUCGGGUGAUAUAUCUGGAUUUUAUGUUGAAGGGGAGGAGGAUGUUAUAAAUUUGUCCCAGCAGGAUAUUGUUUCUGCAGAUGCCAUCACCUUAGUUCGCCAGUAUCAAGCUCUUCUGUGCAACUUUGUGAUAAAACGUUUGCAGAGGGACUCGCAUAUUGAGCAACAUCCCAGGCACGAGAUUUUAAUCUGGUGUCUUCUUUUUCUGUUACAUUCAGCAACUAAAUUAUCCUGUGCCCCUGAGCAUGUGGUUGAUGUAAUAUUGUAUCUUGCUGGAUCCUUCAACGUGCAGUUGAAAUCAUUUUAUCACCUACUUAAGGAAGGAAAAGAUGAGUCAAAUCAUGUUAAGCAGCAUGAGGUGCAACGCCAUUGGAUUCUUCUUCACAGACUUGUUGUUGCUUCAAGUGGUAGUGAUGAAAGAUCUACAUUGCCAAUCAGUGUGAGAAAUGGCUUUCGGUUCUCAAAUUUAAUCCCUCCACUGGCCUGGCUGCAGAAAAUACCCGUUUUUUCUGCUUCAGCCUUACCAGUCGUGAGGUAUUUUGGUUGGAUGGCUGUUGCACGCAAUGCAAAGCAGUUUCUCAGAGAGCGGCUCUUUCUAGCUUCUGAUUUGGCACAAUUAAAUUAUCUUUUAUCUAUAUUUUCUGACGACCUCUCUUUAGUAGAUAAUGUUGUGGAGCAGAAAGGGAGGGAUAAGCCAAUUGAAGAACCAAAUUCAAUCCAGAAUACUAAUAUGGAAGAUGGAGUCAGAUCUCCUGGCCACAAAGAUGGGUUGCAAUCUUUUCAUGCUCUCUAUCCUGAUAUCUGUAAAUUCUUUCCGAAUCUGAAGAACGAGUUUGUGUGUUUUGGUGAAACUAUAUUGGAAGCAGUUUGUUUGCAGUUGAAAUUUCUUUCAUCCUCUGCUGUUCCAGAUUUAAUGUGCUGGUUUUCUGAUUUAUGCUCAUGGCCCUUUGGUCAAACCGAGAACCCGCAGGUCUUCUUACAAAACAAGCCUGAUUAUUUUAAAGGUUUUGUUGCUAAGAAUGCAAAAGCUGUCGUUCUGUACAUGCUUGAAGCCAUCAUAGCCGAGCACAUGGAAGCAAUAGUCCCAGAAGUACCUAGAGUGGUGAAAGUGCUUGAAUCUCUAUGCAAGACUUCAUACUGUGACGUCUCAUUUCUUGAUUCUGUCCUGUGUUUGCUAAAGCCUGUCAUAGCAUAUUCCCUAAGCAAGAUGUCUGAUGGAGAAAACUCAUUGAUGGAUGAUUCAUGCGAUAAUUUCGAAACUUUAUGCUUCGGCGAACUCUUUAACAAUAUUAGAUAUGGUGAUAACCAUCAAUGUACUCCAAUUAAAAACGGAAAGUGCCAAGCAUUAACUAUAUAUGUUCUAGCCACCAUUUUUUGCUAUUUAUCCUUCCGCCGCAAAAUAGAACUGUUUCAGGCCACCAUUUUAUGGGCCGAUUUUGCUGACUUCGAGUCAUCAGGUGUUUUUCAUGAUUAUAUAUGUGCAUAUCAGAUUCUCAUGGAAAACUGUAGAGAUUUGCUUUUUGCUACUUCCAGAGCCUGGGGUAUAAUUCCACUUAGAAGCUUUUCAUAUUCUGAUACUAGCAUUUCUGGUCUUGACGAAUCUUCCAAGUCAUCCUCUAGCUUUCUCAAUGAUAUAUGCAACCCCUCGUCCGAAAAUAAUGCAGUUGCUGAUGCCAGUCAAAAGGUUGGUCAACUGACUUUAGAAGAAGUGAAGUGUUUCUCCAAAGACCUAGAGGCCCUAAUUUUGAAGCUUAAUCCAACCUUAGAACAAUGCUGGAAACUGCACAUUACACUGUCCAAAAAACUAGUGCUCACGUGCGCUGAGUGCUACUUAUACUCAAGGGCCUUGAUCUUGACUGCUGAGGAAGUUUCUUCUUCAUCUUCUUCAGGACAAGAGUAUCGUGUCCCAAAUGAAUAUCUUGAUGAGCUCCCACGUAUUUGGCGUACCAGUCUUCAAGCACUUUCUGAAAUGAUUUUGAUGCUUCAGGAAAAACACUGUUGGGAGGUUGCAGCAGUUUUACUCGACUCACUCCUGCAGGUGCCUCAGUGUUUUCAUUUGGAUAAUGUAAUUGGUGACAUUUGCUCGGCCUUAAAGAAUUUCUCUACAAAGGCACCCAAUAUCUAUUGGAGGCUGCAGGCUGAUAAGAUGAUGUCAUUGUUGUUGGAUCGAGGCAUCCAUAACAUCUGUAAAGACGAAGCACCUCUGAUUGAUCUAUUCUCUACCUUUCUUGGGCAUCCCGAGCCUGAACAGCGAUAUAUUGCUGUAAAGCAUUUGGGUAGACUUGUUGGCCAAGAUGAUGCCGAGGGUGGAAGACUAUUUAUUCCUCGAACGAUCGAAUCUGUGAUAUCUUCAUCGGAAUUACUUAUUUCUGCUUCUGAGAAGAUUUUAUGCGCUUUGGUUUCGUCUAUCUGGGAUAAUAUAGUAUUGAUGGCUUCAUCUGACUCGUCACUGCUUUUAAGAACAAAUGCAACUGCACUUCUUAUCAACUUCAUACCAUUUACUGAGAAGUCUAAAUUGCAGUCAUUUCUUGCGGCAGCUGAUAGUAUUCUUCAAUGUCUUACGACUCUUGCACAACCGGUGUGUUAUGGACCAUUGACGCAAUUCUCCCUAGCACUCAUUGCCAGUGUUUGCCUUUAUUCUCCAUGUGAAGAUCUUUCAUUGAUUCCUGAAAGUAUUUGGAGGAAUAUCGAAACUUUUGGAAUGUCUGGAACUGAUAAGUGUUGUACCAGUCUCGAGAAAAAGGCAUGUGAAGCACUGUGUAGAGUGAAAAAUGAUGGAGAACAAGCUAAAGAGCUUUUGAAGGAAGUGCUUUCUUCAAGUUCUCUAAAGCAGGAAGACCCUGAUUUUGCUACUACACGAGAAUCCAUCCUUCAGGUUAUCAGCAAUUUAACCUCUGCCAGGUCAUAUUUUGAUUUUUUUGCAAAGGAAGCUGACAGGAAGAUGAGGGAAUUGGAAGAAGCUGAAAUAGAAUUGGAACUUCUUCAGCAAGAGGGUCCAAUACCAGGUUCAUCUUUUGAUUUCCGAGAUUGGCAGAAGAUACCACUUCUAUCAACAUAUGCAAAGAACGAUAACCGGCUGCAGCAAAUCAAAGAUGGAAUUGGAUCUAUAGAAAAGGCUAAACUCAGGGAAGACAUUGUCGCUCGCAGGCAGCAAAAGCUCCUUCUAAGGCGUGCCCGUCAACAAUUACUAGAGGAAGCAGCCUUACGAGAGGCAGAACUCAUUCAAAAACUUGAUAGAGAGAGAACAAGUGAAGCAGAAAAGGAGCUCGAGAGACAGCAACUGCUGGAGCUUGAACGAGCCAAAACGAGAGAAUUGCGGCACAAUCUGGAGAUGGAGAAAGAAAAGCAAGCACAGGCAAGACUCAUUAGAGAUCUCCAAAGAGAAAUCGAGCAAGUUGAAUCUGGCGUUCGGUCAUCAAGACGAGAAUUUGCCUCCUCCAGUCACAGUAGGACACGAGAUAAUAGGUAUCGUGAAAGAGAAAACGGGCGGGAAAGUAAUGAAGGCAGCCUGAGAACAAGCAGCACCAGAAAUUUGCAGCCCGAUAACACAAUUUCUGCUCUCUCUGGACGAGGCCCGUUUUCAGGCUCAACCCCUACAAUUCUGCAGUCACGCGAGAGAGCAGAUGAAUGUGGGAGCAGUUAUGAAGAGAAUUUUGACGCCAGUCGAGACUCGGGUGACACGGGCAGUGUUGGGGACCCAGAAACAGUUUCGGGCCUUGAGGGGCAGGCUGUUGGUUAUGGGCCGGGCCAGAGGCAUGGGUCGAGAGGGGGUAAGUCGAGACAGGUUGUUGAGAGGAGGGAAAGGGGGGAUGGUAGGCGUGAAGGGAAGUGGGAACGAAAACACUAACGUUAA